AUGGCUGUUAAUCGUCUAACAUUAGGAGGAAACCCCAAUAGUUUUUCCAAUAGGAAUCCCAAAUGGAGGAUUACAGAUGUAAUUGUAUUGCUCAUUUUCAUGAUAAUAAGCUAUCCGGUCUAUUACCAAGAACCAUUCCAAAGGCAAUUUUAUCUAAAUGAUUUAACCAUUUCACAUCCAUAUGCCUUAAAUCAAAGAGUGAGUGAUACAAUGUUAUUCGUCUACACUUUAGUCAUCCCCCUCAUUGCUAUUGUAAUAAUGACAUUAAUUCUAGCUCAUCCACAUCAUAGAUGGUUUUUAUUAUACAUAUCGGUAUUGGGCCUUUUCCUUGCCUGGUUUGCAACAAGUUUAUUCACUAAUUUUAUUAAAAACUGGAUCGGAAGAUUAAGACCAGAUUUUCUUGACCGUUGCCAACCAAAGCCUGGUUUACCUGUAGAUAUGUUAUUUACUGCAUCUGAAGUUUGUACCACUGAUAAUAAAGAAAUUUUACUGGAUGGUUUUAGAACAACACCUUCUGGUCAUUCAAGUGAAAGUUUUGCGGGCUUAGGUUACUUAUAUCUUUGGACAUGUGGUCAAUUAUUGACCGAAAAUAAAGAAAUGGGAUACUGGAGGAAACUAGUUGCCCUCUUGCCAUUAUUAGGUGCAUCUUUGAUUGCAUUAUCUAGAACUCAAGAUUAUAGACAUCAUUUUGUUGAUGUAUUAUUAGGUUCCAUCUUUGGUUACGUAGUUGCGUAUUUCAACUAUAGAAGAAACUUCCCACCUAUUAAUGAUCCAAUACCAUUUAAACCUAUCUUAGAUGAUUCCGAUGUUACUUUGGAGGAAGAAGAACAGGAACUGACUACGCAUACAACAACUCCAGCAGGCCCUGAAUUCAGACGUAUUCCAUUACAACAUACAGAUGAAGAGGCGCUACCACUGACUGGUAAUUGA